AGAGGCGGAUCUUACCCGCCCAGAACGGAAGUUCCCGAGCCUUCAAACCCGCGGGGAAGCAACUCGGCAACGGACCAAGAUGGCGGCGCCCACCGAGGGGCCGGCGUUUGCCUCAGGGGUUGAAAAGACUUGGGGUGCAGUCGUGCGUUCCCCAGAAGGGACCCCGCAGAAAGUCCGGCAGCUGAUAGAUGAGGGGAUUGCCCCGGAAGAGGGAGGCGCAGAAGCAAAAGACACAGCUGUCACAUUCAAGACAGUUAAUGGAUCACCUCAAGCAGAACACCCUCCAUUGGAAUCUACAAGCAAAGAAGCCUUCUUUAACAGAGUGGAAACAUUUUCUUCUUUGAAGUGGGCAGGGAAGCCCCCUGAGUUGUCUCCACUUGUCUGUGCAAAAUAUGGCUGGGUGACAGUUGAGUGUGACCUGCUCAAGUGCUCCAGCUGCCAAGCUUUUCUCUGUGCCAGUUUACAACCAGCUUUUGAUUUUGACAGAUAUAAGGAACGAUGUGCUGAGCUGAAAAACUCCUUGUGCACUGCUCAUGAGAAGUUCUGUUUUUGGCCGGACAGCCCCUCUCCAGAUCGAUUUGGGAGGUUGCCAUUGGAUGAGCCAUCUGUACUUGUUAGUGAGUUUCUAGAUCGUUUUCAAAGCCUUUGUCACUUGGACCUCCAGCUUCCUUCCUUGAGGCCAGAAGACUUGAAAACUAUGUGCUUGACAGAAGAUAAGAUCAGUCUUUUGCUACACCUGCUUGAAGAUGAACUUGAUCACCAAACUGAAGAGAGAAAAACUACAAGCAAACUAGGCUCAGACAUGCAAGUCCAUGUCACUGCCUGUAUUCUUUCUGUGUGUGGCUGGGCAUGUAGUUCUUCUUUGGAACCCAUGCAGCUCUCCCUAAUAGCAUGUUCACAGUGUAUGAGGAAGGUGGGGCUCUGGGGCUUCCAGCAGAUUGAAUCAUCCAUCACUGAGCUGGAUGCCUCCUUUGGCCUGACCAGCUCCCCCAUCGCAGGCACUGAGGGUCGGCCAGAGCGCUUCGCUCUGAUACCUGAAUCUCCUCGGAGGAUGAUGACCCGGAGCCAGGAUGCCACAUUUUCCCCAGGUUCAGAGCAGAUUGAAAAGAGCCCAGGUCCUAUUGUUUCCCGAACCCGGAGCUGGGAUUCUUCCAGUCCUGUUGACAGGCCUGAGCCAGAGGCAGCCAGUCCCACUACCAGAAGCCGCCCAGUGACCCGAAGCAUGGGAACUGGAGACAGCACCUGUGGCCUAGAAGUACCCUCAAGCCCUCUCCGGAAAGCCAAACGAGCUCGCCUUUGCUCGUCCAGCAGCUCGGACACAUCUUCCCGAAGCUUCUUUGAUCCCACCUCUCAGCAUAGAGACUGGUGCCCUUGGGUGAAUAUCACACUUGGCAAAGAAACCAGGGAUAAAGGUGGAAUGGAACUCAGUGCCAGCACCCCAGCAGAGCCAGGCUGGAAGGCAGUUCUGACCAUCCUGUUGGCCCACAAGCAGGCUAAGGAACCAGCUGAAACAGACUCCAUGAGUCUCUCUGAAAAGUCAAGGAAAGUGUUCCGAAUAUUCCGGCAAUGGGAAUCUUUAUCCUCAUCCUGAAGAUAUUGCAGCCCUUUCCUGCAGAGAAUUGAACUGAGAGUGACUUUUUGAAAAAUAAAGUCUGAAUUAUCUUUUGAUCAGCUGAUGCUAAGUUUUUAUCCAUCAUGGUUUAAUGACAGGAAGCCUCUGCCAUUGUAAAGACAAAGAAUGUCAGCCAUCUGCAUGAAAGAGAGGAGAUCCAUUUCCAUGUGGGAUGUGGACAAGGGAAGGUACAGCAAGACCCAUUUUGUGUAAAGACCACUGUGUGAUGAAACCAGAUGGAAGACCAAGGAUCAGAACAUCCAUUUCAGUAGCUUUAGUGUGUCACAGUGCUCCAAGGAUUCUUAUAUACCAGGAAUAUGAGAGUAUGUGUUAAUAAAAUAUUUGCUAAGAUACU